GCUGACACCCCCCCUCCCCCCCUCGAGGCUCUGACCCCAGGGGCUAGGGGCCUGACAAGUUUCUCCACCUUGGCUGCCUGGAGAGGCCGCUACCCUGGAGGGUCCUGAGCCCACCGCACUGGGGGCCCCAGCACCGCCCCAGUGGCCUAACGCGACCAUCUCAGGGACCACUGCAAGGUUUCCAGUUGCCUAGACCAGGAGCCGGGGGUCAGAGCAACAACCCUUCCAGCCACCUGCCUCGACUUCUGCCUCAGGCACCAGCCCCAGCCCUGUGCGUCCAUCCCAGGUGACAUGCCGGUCCUCUCCACCCCCCGGUCCUCGCGGGUGAGCACGCUGAAGCGCACAGCUCUGGUCCUGGCCCUCACGGCCUAUGGAGCCCACAAAGUCUACCCUUUGGUGCGGCAGUACCUGGCAGCCACCAGGGGCCCUCAGGUACCAGCAGGGGAGUCCACGCAGGAGGUGUCCGGGGCCGCAGCGGCCAAGGCCAGCGUGAACCGGGUGUUCCUGCAGCGGCUCUUGGGGCUCCUGCGGCUGCUCUUUCCCAGGACCCUGUGCCGGGAGACAGGGCUGUUGGCGCUGCACUCGGCCUCCCUGGUGAGCCGGACCUUCCUGUCCGUGUACGUGGCCCGCCUGGAUGGCCGGCUGGUGCGCGGCAUCGUGCGCAAGGACCCCCGGGCCUUCGGCUGGCAGCUCCUGCAGUGGCUCCUCAUCGCCCUCCCCGCCACCUUCAUCAACAGUGCCAUCCGGUUCCUAGAGGGCCAGCUGGCCCUGUCCUUCCGCAGCCGUCUAGUGGCCCAUGCCUACAGCCUUUACUUCUCCCAGCAGACCUACUACAGAGUCAGCAACAUGGACGGGCGGCUUCGCAACCCUGACCAGUCCCUGACGGAGGACGUGGUGGCCUUUGCCGCCUCCGUGGCCCACCUCUACUCCAACCUCACCAAGCCACUCCUGGACGUUGCCGUGACCGCCUACACCCUGCUUCGCGCGGCCCGUUCCCGCGGGGCCGGCACAGCCUGGCCCUCAGCCAUUGCGGGCCUCGUCGUGUUCCUCACAGCCAACGUGCUGCGGGCCUUCUCACCCAAGUUUGGCGAGCUGGUGGCCGAGGAGGCGCGGAGGAAGGGAGAGCUGCGCUACAUGCACUCUCGCGUGGUGGCCAACUCCGAGGAGAUCGCCUUCUAUGGGGGCCACGAGGUGGAGCUAGCCCUCCUUCAGCAGUCCUACCAGGGCCUGGCUUCGCAGAUUCACCUCAUCCUGCUGGAGCGCCUGUGGUACAUCACGCUGGAGCAGUUCCUCAUGAAGUACGUGUGGAGCGCCUCGGGCCUGCUCAUGGUGGCCGUGCCUAUCAUCACGGCCACCGGCUAUGCAGAGUCAGACCCCGAGGCAGUGAAGAAGGCGGCCUUGCAGAUGAAGGAGGAGGAGCUCGUGAGCGAGCGCACAGAAGCCUUCACCAUCGCCCGCAACCUCCUCACAGCCGCUGCAGAUGCCAUCGAGCGGAUCAUAUCAUCCUACAAGGAGGUGACGGAGCUGGCCGGCUACACAGCCCGAGUACACGAGAUGUUCCAGGUGUUUGAAGAUGUCCAGCACUGCCAUUUCAAGAGGCCCGGGGAGCUGGAGGACACUCAGGCGGGGCCCGGGGCUGUGGCGAGGCCUGGAGUCCGCGUAGAGGGGCCCCUGCAGAUCCGAGGCCAAGUGGUAGACGUGGAACAAGGAAUUAUUUGUGAGAACAUCCCCAUCAUCACACCCACGGGAGAGGUGGUGGUGGCCAGCCUCAACAUCAGGGUGGAAGAGGGCAUGCACCUGCUCAUCACUGGCCCCAACGGCUGCGGCAAGAGCUCUCUCUUCCGGAUCCUCGGCGGCCUCUGGCCCACGUACAGCGGCGUGCUCUACAAGCCCCCGCCGCAACGCAUGUUCUACAUCCCCCAGAGGCCCUACAUGCCCGUGGGCUCCUUGCGGGACCAGGUCAUCUACCCAGACUCUGUGGAGGACAUGCGAAGGAAAGGCUAUUCAGAGCGGCACCUGGAAGCCAUCCUGGACAUUGUGCACCUGAACCACAUCCUGCAGCGGGAAGGAGAAAGUUCCAGAAGCUGGCGCAUGUGUAAUGUACUUAAACCGUAUUGGCCAGAAUUCGGUUCCAUGGUGACACCUCACCUCAAGACAAGCUACAGAGUAGAGCCUUUUUUGUGGAGAACUUCCAGUCCCGUGGGAAGACAGAGUGGAGGUUGGGAGGCCGAGUGUGACUGGAAGGACGUGCUGUCAGGGGGGGAGAAGCAGAGAAUCGGCAUGGCCCGCAUGUUCUACCACAGGCCCAAGUAUGCCCUCCUGGAUGAGUGCACCAGCGCUGUGAGCAUUGACGUAGAAGGCGAGAUCUUCCAGGCGGCCAAGGAUGCCGGCAUCGCCCUGCUGUCCAUCACCCACCGGCCCUCCCUAUGGAAGUACCACACGCACUUGCUGCAGUUUGACGGGGAGGGCGGCUGGAAGUUCGAGAAGCUGGACUCCGCUGCCCGCCUGAGCCUGACUGAGGAGAAGCAGCGGCUCGAGCAGCAGCUGGCGGGCGUUCCCAAGACGCAGCGGCGCCUCCGCGAGCUCUGCCAGAUCCUGGGCCAAGGCCCUGGAGUCCUCCAGGGUGCUCCCCUCCCUUGAGCCCCGGGAUCACAUGAAGGAAACGGCCUCACUCACCCACCCACCCC